AUGAAAUUGCGCGGCGACCCAUGGUUGAGAAGCGAGAAGCAUGCCGAACUGGGAACAGAGAUUUUACUGCCCUGCGUCCUGAAAUCACCGCAAUGUGAGGGUCUGCAUAGCAUCAAGUGGUACCGCGGACCCACGAGGAUUUUCAUUUUCAGCGAGGAUGCUGGGAUUAUACGCGGCAAUAACGACCUCGCUGCCAGGGCGGACAUAGAAUAUUCAUCGAAUUCAACGAAAACAUACUUGAGGAUACCUGAGGUUCAACUGGGAGACGAGGGUUUGUACAAGUGUGAAGCUACGUAUCUGGCGGUCAACCGCGAGUGCAACAACGUGCAGCAUAUUAUCCUUAACGUUACAGUGCAACCAGCGUUUAUACGUGUCGUCGAUGAAAAUACAAAAAACACUCUGAGCACCGGCGCCAUUUUAGGACCUAUAAACGAAGGUUCGACGAUAUCUUUGUAUUGCGGAAGUGGAGAAGGAAAACCUGUACCUAUAGUCGAAUGGUAUAAGGAUGAUCAGCUUCUUGACGCGACGAGCUCGACCAUCGUUACUGAUACCGGAAUAGGUACCGGCAGUAGUUUACUGGAGAUGCAAAUUACACGAGAAGAGUUAGGCGCAACGUUCACGUGUAAAGUCAACAGUAUUGCUCUCGUGGAGCCACUCACGGUUGAUAUUAAACCAGACAUACAUGUACGCCCCCUGAAGAUGGAAUUGAAUGGAGUGGUUGGCCAUGUCGUGCAAGGAACGAAGAUUUUAUUGCAAUGUACAGUACAAGCCGCAAGACCAGCCGCCAAUGUAACGUGGAGAAAUGGAACACAACUCUUAUCCGAGGACAACGAGAGAUUCGAAAUGUUUGAAACGAAAAUACAAGAAAAUGAUGAUAGUACAUUCGACACGAUAAGUUAUCUCGUAUUUACAGCAACGAUAUACGACAAUAACAGAACAUUCAAGUGUUACGCCGACAAUUCUGUCACUCGUAUCGAAGAUUUUAAACCAAUGAAAGAAGCAACGACGAUCGAAGUAUUAUAUCCGCCAGUAGUCAAAAUAAAGCCAAAUAACUUAACAGUUAAUGAGACAGAUGACUUUAUAAUAUUCUGCGACUAUGAGGCAAAUCCGGCUACGCUAUUAAAAGUAACAUGGCUACGAGACGACGACGAAUUAGUGUUAAACGAAGAACAUUACGAUGGUGGAAUCACGGAACAAACAGCGCUCACAGUGAAAAACGCGACUUCUAGCGACAUGGGUUCUUACAAAUGCAUCCUGGAAAACCACGUUGGCUCAUCCGUUUCCGAGGACGCCGUGGAAGUUUCAGUCUUUUACAAGCCGGUGGUGGAGGUGAUAAUGGAUCCGGAAACACCUGUGAACGAGGCAGAUCGUCAGAAUGUUUCGUUAACGUGCGAGAUCGACGUCGGUAACCCACACAUACUGACAGCUGUUCGUUGGUAUUUGGACGGAGAUCUAUUGAAAGAACUUCCCGAUUGUCCGAGAAACAGCACGGCAUCCUCCGAGGAAUCGUUGACAUUCUGUGACAUCGACCCCAGCAAACUACUACUGGAAUCUGUUGGCCGCACCUUCCAUGGCAACUAUUCCUGCGAGGGGAAAAACGAGGCCGGUUGGGGACCGAUCUCUCCGAGCAUGCCUGUCAUAGUUUAUUAUAAGCCCGGCGCGGCAUCGAUAACGUACGAACCUCGGCAAGUGGUGAAGAAACAAGCGUUAUCCAUCACUUGCUUUGUUUUGGAUCCCGGCCGACCGAGGGUGUCGGGCUUCAAGUGGCUGCGCGGCUCGCACCGGCUUCCAGACGAGAACGAAGCCACGCUCUUCAUCGAGUCAGUUAAUUUGGAAACCGAGACAAAUUUCACGUGUCUGGCUUACAACGAGGCUGGCGACGGAGAGCCGGCCACAACAUUUAUCGAUGUUUCUGCGGCCCCGACGUUCAUUAAGAAGCUGCACUCGUAUCGCGGUUACGUCUACAACUCACCUAACGUGAGCAUCAUGUGUUGGGUCGAAUGCGCCCCGAUCUGCAAUAUUUCCUGGCUGAGGGAUGACAUUCCCAUGGACUUCACGAGAAUGAAUCGAUACUACGUGUCGAACGUUUAUCAUCCGCCUGACCCAAGAACCAACGACUUCGAGAGCAUCCAAUCGACUCUCAUAUGGAAUCUGACGGUCUGGCCGAACGGUCAGCUCGACCGUGCCGAAGAUAACGUCAAAUUCACCUGCAAGAGUAGCAGCAACAGGAUUGGCCCGGGUGUGGAGAGUAGUACUCACUUUCAUGUCGAGUUUCCUCCGGAAGAUAUCACAAUAUCGAAGAAGAUAAUUAACGUGGUAGUGGAUACAGUACCGGAAACCGUCGAGUGCGAUGCGCAGGCACGUCCGAAACCGAACUUCCGUUGGUUCCGCGAAGGAUCCACCGAUACUAUUAUGGAAGGCCACGUGCUUGACUUGAAAAUGCCAGUACCACGACGUAGCAACGGCACUUACUACUGUGAGGCGUUCAAUCGUCAUGGUUCUUUGAAUAUCUCAAUGAUCAUGAAUGUGCAAUUUAAACCAGAAUGUCACAUAGAGAAAGAACGAUUUGGGGGCCAUGACUACGUCGUUUGCUCAGCCGUCGCCAAUCCGAAAGAGACAGAUUUCACUUGGUCGCUGAAGAAUGAAAACGACACACUGGAGCACGUCCCGGUAAUACGAAAUGGAAGAAGUUACAUGCUCCUCGAUACCUCGGUCACUAACUUCCGAACAUACGUGUGUGUGGCGAACAACACAAUUGGCCAUUCCGCAGCGUGUGAACGCGACAUACCAGUCCACCAUGGAACUAAACGUCAUAUACCUUGGUGGCAUCAAUUGGAGGGUAAUCUGCUACUGAUUAUUAUCAUAGUAGCGGUGGUCAUGAUACUAGUCCUAAUACUAAUCUGCGUGGCCAUUUUCAUCGUCUGCCGGAAACGCGGCGAAAUGAAAUACAGUACUCGGGUGGUCGAACUGGAGGAACGCGAACAUCCAGACGGUGGACCGCCCAGUCCGACGGUAUCCUCGCAUUCGGUACAAAGCCCGACGCAGCCGACACCGGCGCCGAGGUGGCCCUUAAAACCGGGUGUCCUGGUGCACAUCAAUCGAACUCACAGUCUGCGAUCCGGCCUGAGCGUUCGCGCGAACGAGGCUAAUCUACGUAACGAACUCGUGAGCAAACAUAACGACGAGCCGCUUAGGCAAAGGUUCCUGGACGAGACGUCAUCAAUCGGCCGUAAUCCGGCGCGGACAGUAUUCCGCCGUGGUAGGAAAGAUCAGACCGCGCAGAGAACAACCAGCAUGACCAGUCUGCACGAGGACGGUAUGCUCGCCCGGGCUAACAAGAUAAAAGCUAUGUUUGGCGUACAGCUCAAAGAACAGACCACCUUACCCGGUAUAUCCAGAGAAAAGACAGCCGUGACUUACAAGAGAAUUGUGCCGCGACAGCGGAUAUUGCACGGCAUGGAACCGCCCUACGAGCCAAACCGUGGUAAUGUGUCCCGUAAGCGAAAAAAACCCGGGGCAGAUCCCAAUCAAGCCGCGAAUAACAAUCACGUGAACAGCGUGUCGGAAGUACUUCCCGACUCCGGGACAAAGACAUUCUACGAAAAUUUACCUUUCCAUGGGAUCCAAGCGCCACCUAAUAAGUUGGUUACUCCUAAGUUUGUCCGAGUUUCGGCUUUGCAUGGCACAUUGCAUUCCAUCACAACCUCGCCGUGCUCCUCACGGCCGCCCAGCAGAGCUGUCAGCCUCUGCGACGGCAGUUCCGGGUACGAGUCGACCAUGAGCCACCUAGGGCCGCACUACAACGUCUACAACGUGCCCAGGAGCAAUUCGCCGGUGCUUAAGUACAACACUCUGAAGCCGCGACGGCGCAAACAGAAGCACUCGCAGCAGUUCUACUCGUUGCGGCUGUGCCGCCGGCACGAGAAUAUCCGCAGGAAGUACGAGCUGUACGCGAUACCGAUCUAUAAGACGUGCCCGCACAGGAGCGACAGUACGACCACGAUCGCGACGAUCGUUCGGUCGACGGAGGAUCCGCCGUCCCUGACCCUGAGCCAGGGAUCGAUCAGCCUAAUGAGCCGAUCGGCGCCGUCGACACCUGUACCGUCGUCGCCGACGACGCCGCCGAUACCAGCUCCGAGGACAUCCAGAAAAACCGACCCGUCCAAACACACCUAUCAAAAUGUUCCUCCCCCCGUUUUUCCGCUGAAAAACGCUUCGUUGCCUAAGCUUAAGACCGACAGCCUAUACAACUACAAAGAACACUACCAGCAGCAGCAUCGGCAGGAGAUGCAGCAGUACAGCUACCCCUUACCGAGCAACAGUUCGAACCAACUAACACUGCCACUAACGCGCAGCCUCUACCAUUCCUCGAUAGUUAGUCCCCUGCAGACCUCCCUCGCCCACACUAACAACAGCCGGCCGUCCACCCUGAUGCACCAUGAGGCCGCCCCUAUCGGCAAUCACCCGCCCGCGGUGCAUCGGGACGAGGAACAAGAACAAGAACAGCAGCAGCAGCAGCAGCAGCAGCAGCAGCAGCAGCAGCAAUCAAAUUACGGCAAUCACGAUGCGAGACAAUCAUCAUCGCGUCGACACGCGACGAAUCGGCGGAACGAACGUAAUCGGAAGUACCGGAAGCAGGAGCGAACGUCGAGCGAUCGAAGCAAAUCGAAGCAGAAUCGACAGAGAGACAGAGAUGCUCUGCCACGACGUAGUAACGCUUCCUUCGUCGAUUCACCCGAUUACGAGACCGGUUUCCAUCAGAUCCCAGAUCUGGGCGUAUCCGAGACGACGUACAAGAUCUCGUAUCCGCAUUACUACGAAGAUGACAUUCCGGAUUACUCCACCGACUGUCAGAGGCCAAACUCGACGACAGCGCGUCAACAACAGCAGCAGCAACAGCAGCAGCAACCGUGGGACUGCCAGUCAAAUCGCUACGGCAGCAAUAAUACAUCUCAGCUCACAACGAACGUGGGUGACACGAAAAAUCGCAGCAAAAUGUCGAAGACAAGGUUUGGCGACACCCGCAACGUACCGUCCGCACCCACGAUAAUGCAGUACGCCGAGCUUCACUUCCGGGAUGUCGGUCAAGAGAUCGAUGUCUAAAGCCCUUCAAGCCAGAAUUUUCGGAUCUCGAUUAUGCGGAUGUGGACUACAAGUCGUACGGGCCGAUUAACUAU